AUCGUUCUUCUUCAGACAUUUCUUUUAAGAGAAUCGAAUUUUCUCUUCCAUCACUUUUUGUGUUAUUGCUUGUUCCCUAAAAUUCAGUCUUCAUAACGUCAAAGCUCAGAAUACUCUCUCUUCCUUGCUUGCCAUUGAAGAACGAAACUCAUCUCUCCUUCUUUCUCAAUUUCCUGUCUGAGGAUCAUGGUGAAUGGUAAAGGGUCAAUGAAAAAAUCGAACCUUGAUCGAUUCCUUCAUUGCACAACACCAUUAGUGCCACCCCAAUCUCUCCCCAAGGGGGAGAUAAGAAGCCUAAAUGGAUUGUGGCAUCCGUGGGAGAGAGAAAAGGUGGAGUUUUUCAGGUUGAGUGAUCUGUGGGAUUGCUACGAUGAAUGGAGCGCUUACGGAGCUAGUGUUCCUAUUCAUCUCUCCAACGGUGAAUCUCUGGUGCAAUACUACGUUCCUUAUCUCUCUGCCCUCCAGAUUUUCACCUCUCAUUCUUCUUUGAUCCGGUUAAGGGAAGAGUCUGAAGAUGGGGAAAGCGAUGGUAGGUAUCCCUUUAGUGAUUCAAGUAGCGAUGAGAGUGUCUCUGUGGAAGGACUUGAGAACAACCUUAAUGAUCGUUUGGGUUACCUUUAUCUCCAAUACUUUGAGUUAUCAUCUCCUUAUACCAGAGUUCCUCUCAUGGAUAAGAUCAAUGAGUUAGCUCAAAGAUAUCCUGGACUGAUGUCGUUGAGAAGCGUUGAUCUGUCUCCCGCGAGCUGGAUGUCUGUUGCGUGGUACCCAAUUUAUCAUAUACCAAUGGGAAGAACCAUUAAAGACUUGUCUACUUGUUUCCUCACUUACCACACCCUUUCUUCUUCUUUCCAAGAUAUGGAUCCGGAAGAGAACGGUGGUGACAAAGAGAGGAUGCGAAAGGAAGGAGAAGACAUAACUCUAUCCCCAUUUGGGAUGGCAACUCACAAGAUGCAGGGCAAUGUCUGGCUUUCUCAUGACCAAGAUGUCCAAGAGAGGUUGGUUUCGCUUUAUAGCGUUGCGGAUUCUUGGCUAAAACAGCUUAGGGUUCAACAUCAUGACUUCAACUACUUCUGCACUAUGUCUACGACUUAUCGUGGCUAACAUCCCAUUCCAUGUUCGUUUGUUUCCUUAUCAUAAAGUCUCAUCCUUGCUUUGUUUUCUCAAACGCAAGUCUUAGCAACGUUUUGGGUUAGAAUAGCGUUACUACUAACCUUUGAGAAAUAUAUAUGUCGUAUAUAGAGUUUGUUGCCUUGUUGAAACAUACUUAUUGUUUCUUGUAAGUUUUUAUAACACAGUCACUAGACAGACAAGAAUAUAACGUUUUCGUAGGUGUUAACACAUA